GUCCCAACUUAUUUAGGACGAAAUGGAGUCAAGCCCAUAGCGGGAGAAACAUUUGAUUACUUCUUCAGAGUUUGUCUUCACUUAACCCCUUCAAUGGAGAAUAAGAAGCGAUCAUCUCCAUCACCUUCAACAACCAACAAGAAAGAAAGCAAAGGGUUUUGUCUAAUGAACAAUGAUCUCCUUCAAAACAUACUCUCAAGGCUACCCGCCACCACCUUCGCUUCCGCUGCUUGCGUCUCCAAGGCCUGGAACGCUACUUGCAACCGUGUCCUCUCUCGCCCUAGGCUCUCCUCGGCUAUGUCCCUCAACCCUUCUCCCCGCGUUGCUUUACAAGAGGUUUUUGAUAAGGUUAUGUCAGAGCCAAUUCGACCCCAUUUUGCUAUUGCCAGUGUUGGUCCUGGAUUUAACUUGAAAGAUGUUCUCCAAUUCAUGGUAGAGAAAUUGGGAUCAAGAACUCCGAUUAUUUUAUCUUCUGUUAGCGGAAUUAUCGGCCGAGAUGCCCUUACUCAUGAAUUUAGCGAGGUCAAGUGGACUAGUGGUAAUGCUGAUGAUGAAGUUUCUACAAAUACUGGCAUCGUCUUGAAUGUUGGAUAUGUUCCGGGACUUAAAGUUGAAGCUAUCCCUCUUUUACAACAGAAAAAGACUCCUCAAGGGUCAAUGAUCGACAAGUUUGUGAUGGAUAUUAAGAGUUACACAUCCUCUAUGUCGGGUUGCACGUCGCCAGUUGCGAUUAUAAUGAUUGGAGACGCAGAUGUUGACCAGAAACCUAUCAUUGAAAAGUUAGAUUAUGCUAUGUCUUCGGAGACCAUCAUUGUGGGUGAUGAGAGAAGUCAAUUUGUAUAUAGAAGUGGUGAUGUUUCAAGAAAUGUCAGCAGUAGUCUAAAAUGUUCUCCUGAUGCUGUUGCUCUUGUAUUUGCAAGAGAUAGAGACAAAGCCCAUGGUGUAGAGGAUAUUGAAUUUCAUUUUGCAUUGUCAAAUGGUGUCUCAGCAAUUGGACCAAGGCUUAAGGCAGCUUCUGUUAAAGUGAGUAACUCUGAAAGUGUUACUUGGCUCACUGCCAAAAGAGAAGGACAGCACGAGGUUCUUGAUGGUCAACGUAUGCUGGAUGAUAUCAAUUAUGAGAUGGAAAAUCAUAUGGAAUGCGUUGAUCUCUACAUUGGAGUUACAAGACUACGGAAUUGUUCUGUUGGCUCAGAUAAACCAAGGUUGAUGGCAUCCCUGGCUCUACAUGGAGUAGUAGGAGGAGAUGAGGAGUACCUUUACGUUGAUGGUGUCGGUAUCAGAACUGGUGACUAUUUCCAGUUUUACCAUUCAGAUCCAAAAACUGCAUUACCAUCAUGCAGGAAUGUCUCCUCAACCUUUAGAAAUUUGAAGUUGGAAUGGGAUACGAAAAGCUCCCACAGCACAAGUGCUGGUGCUAAUGCCACUGAUAAGAAGGAAACUUUUGGAGGUUUUAUCUUUUCUUGCUGUGGCCGUGGGGACCCAUUUUUUGGGCACCUUAAUGCUGACAGGUCUCCAUUCCUUAAUGUUGAAAGCUCCCCGUUCUUGGAGAACUUUCCUGGGGUUCCCCUGGCGGGAAUAUUUUGCGGUGGGGAAAUUGGACGUGGCUAUGUAAGCUUGACUGCUCAUGGAGGCCAAGAAGAAGGCUCUGCUCGUUGCCAUCUACAUGUCUAUAGCACUGUUUAUCUGGUUAUGUCAUAUACUCCAGCUGCAGUGCAUUAGAUCGUUGCCCAUGGCUCCCUUCAAUAUGGAUGGGGACAUCCUCAAAGUCUCAGAGAUGACUAUAAAAGUAACCAGGUGUUGGUGCUGCUCAAGUGUUCUCAUUUUUCUCAAGAAAAGUCAUGGUGAAUGACUUAUCACAGCUGGCCUAUUCGGAAGGCUUUGUUCUUGUGAAUUGCAAGAACUAACAAUUGCAGAACAAAACCAGCAACUACUUUGUACUAGACCUUUGCUAUAUUUAAUUUGUCUUCUGUUUCUGAUACUUAAGAAGAGAAGUAUCUUUGGUGAAUGGUCAGCAAUAAAGAUUGUGUUGCCUUUUAUGUUUUA